CGAUGCUUUCACAUCUCCAACAAAACUUCACAACUACGGUGCGGGCGGGGCGUUUUUCGUGAAAAUCUACGCACGGGCUUUUCGUAGUUUCCUGAUAGUACCAUCCGUUUGUUUUGUUUCGCUUUUUUUUUGUGUGUGUUCGAACCCGUCGCCAGUCCUGCGAUCCUAGCGAAGUAAAUAUCCGCAGUGCCAUUAAAUUUGUUGGUGAAUCACCGAUGGCCGCUGAAGGAGGGAACUCCUUUUCCUUUUCUUUUGUGCGAUGCUGCUGGCUGCAAAUGCAAAUGCACUCGGCACAGCAACAACAAAACGGCCGAGCGACUAACGGGGCUUGAUGGCGUAAAGCCGUGGAGAGCACAAAAGGAUUACUAAUUGAUUAAUUGAGGCGGAGGAAGUGCAAAAGCUGGAUAGCAAUUGGAAACGCAUUUGCAGUUGGAUUUCGAAUUGGAACUGGAGUUGGAGUUGCGAAGUACCGAGAGUGCGAGCGAGAGAGGACGAGCGCUGCAUGAGAGUGUUGUUGGUGUGCGUGCGUGCCAGUGUGGGUGUAGUAGUCCCAGUGCAUAAACUCCAGAUUGCGUUCGGUCGACUUCGGUUAACUUCGGCCCUGUUCGCUUCGUUUUGUUUGCUCUCCCGUUCACCCACGCAACUUUCGGAGAAGGAGUAAGCAAGACAGCCAGAUAAAGAGUAAGAGCGAGAGCGAGUGCAAGGAAGCGGUUUUUCGACCGAAAAUGCACAAAGGCAAGCUGCAAAGUUAGCUAAAAAAUACAAGAAGGAAACGAGACACAAACAGAAGAAAUAGCGGUUAACGGGUCCCUAGCUGCGAAUCGUUGAAAUUCAAGACGGAUCGCCAUCACAUUUCUUCAAUUAUGCCGAACUUUUUGGUGUCUGUUUCGGUUUUCAUUUCGCUGCAAUAAGCGAUCGCAGCGGCGCGCCGAGCACACAAAGGGAAAAGAAUAUAGAAGGGAAGGAGAGCGACAGAGGAGAGGGAGAGCGGCCCCAAAGAGCGCUCUCAAUUGACGACUCCCACUCCCACUCCCCUUUUGUGGGCCCCCUCUCUUCACCUUUUCACUGCCAGUACUAUGGAUUGUGGUGGUCUUGCGGCGCAACAACAACAACAGCAGCUACAGCAACAACAGCACUUACUUCAGCAACAGCUACAACAACAGAAGCACAACUCUCUCAGUUGCCUUGAGGAAGCAGCAACAAUAACAAAUAUCAACCUAAGGGGUAUCUUUGCGGCCGGAGCUGCCAGCGGCGGAGGAGCAGGCGGAGGUGGUGGUGUGACGACUGCUGGCUUCGUGGCUGGCGGGGAUUGCCCGGUAAUUGGUGGCGUUGCUGGUGCUGGCGCUGGCGUCAAGCUGCGCCGAAACAGUGAUCGCCCAUUGACCACGACCACAUCAACGACGACACCGUCGCACACUUACCGCAUUUCCAUGGCCAAUCUGGAGGAUACGCAGGAAUCGGAGCUGGAUCAGAUCCUGGGUGAACUGAGCCAGCUGGAGGAGCAAAUAAGCGAUGCCCAGGCAUCUUUUUUGCAUCCCAGUGUGGGAUCAGCAGCAGCAGCAGCAGCACCACUGCCACCAGGAAUGGGAGCUGUCCCGCAUCCACCUAGCCAUGCCUCCAUGUCGGCGGCCUCGUCGCGCUCUCAUUCUCGCACCAAUAGCAGCAUUUCCGCGGACGUAAGCAGCUGCUCCUCAUCUGGAAUCUCGGAGAAUGGUCACGGUAUGGGCCUGGGCCUGGGACCGCCUGGUAAUAUGCAUCCGCCACCGCCGCCGCCACCAUCGCAACUGCCGCUGGCCGGUGGCAUGACUACGGGCAUCACGCUGGGCGUGGUGACAUCCCGAGAGCCACGCACCGAAUCCCCGGACAAUGAUUCGGCUUUCAGUGACACAGUUUCGCUGCUGUUCAGCGACACGGCCUCGCUGCUGUCCAGCGAAUCGUCGGCCUCUUCGAACACAUCCCUGCAACAGCAGCAGCUGCAGCAACAGCAGCAGCAGCAGCAGCAUCAACAACAGCAGCAGCAAAAGCAGCUGGCCGCCUAUGGAAAGGUGAGUCAACAGCAUGGCGGUCAGCAGAGCAACGGUGGCAAUGGCAACAACUCCAAGGCGGCCAAGAUCCAGCUGGCGCUCCACAAGCUCGAGAGUGCAUCCAUUCGGCGUCUAUUUGUCAAGGCCUUCACAGCCGAUGGGGCCUCCAAAUCGCUGCUGGUGGAUGAGCGUAUGGUAUGCGGUCAGGUAACGCGUCUGCUGGCGGAUAAGAAUCAUGUGGUGAUGCAACCUAAUUGGGCACUGGUGGAGCAUCUGGGUGAUCUUCAAAUGGAGCGCCUCUUCGAGGACCAUGAGCUGCUGGUGGAUAAUUUGAUAGCCUGGAAUUCGGACGCCGGCAACCGUGUGCUCUUCCAGCAGCGCCCUGACAAGCUGGCUCUAUUCGCCCGCCCUGAGCUGUACUUGCCGGGGCCACAGAUGGCACCCGGUUGCCAGCACGAUGAGCAGACGCGUCAAAUGCUGCUGGAUGAAUAUUUCAAAUCGCCUGUGCAGCUGCAGCUGGAUGGACCGCUCUACAUGAAAGCAGAUCCCAAGAAGGGCUGGAAACGCUACCAUUUUGUCCUACGCUCCUCGGGCCUGUAUUACUUUGCCAAGGAGAAGAGCAAGAAUACCCGUGACCUGGCCUGCCUCACGCUCUUCCACGGGCACAACGUCUACACGGGCCUGGGAUGGCGCAAGAAAUGGAAAUCACCGACGGAUUUUACCUUUGGCUUCAAAUCGGCAGUGGAUUCCUCGCUGGGCAAAUCGUGUCGCUCCCUCAAAAUGCUCUGUGCCGAGGAUAUGGCCACGCUGGAUCGCUGGCUGACGGCCAUACGUGUGUGCAAAUAUGGAAAGCAGCUGUGGCACAGCCACAAGCUACUCCUGGAGGAUCUCUGCCUGGGCCCCGACGAUGCCGUCUCUCAGUCGAGCUUUGCCACAUCGAUGCGCAGCGAGUCGAUUUCGAGCAUCUCAUCGGCAGUGCCGUCGCAAUGCGGCAGCGUAUCCUCGGCCAUUAGCAGCAUGUCCAAUUCGACCAGUGGCCGCACCUCACGCGCCUCCAGCAGCAGCUCCAGCGGCUGCCUUUCGGACGACAACAACGGCUUUGAUUCGGAGUUCACCACAGGGACGAUUAAGCGCAAGCCCUCGAUGAAACCCAACCUCCCGCUGACCACAAUGACACGCCAGCUAAAGGAGGUGGGUGAGAUCACCAUUUGCGAGAGCACCGGUGGCGAGGCCAGCUCGCCGGAACGCAGUGGCACCCUGACGCGUCGACAUAGCCGCCGCAAAUCGCAGGAGAGCAAUGGCAGUGGAACGCUAAAGCGCCGGCCAGUUCCCAAUGCCGCCGUUAUUAAGCAGGCAUCGGAGCAAGCAGUUGUGGGAGGCAGUGCCUCCUCCAACUCAUCGAGCAGCAAUUCGACGCCCACGCCGACGCCCAGCAUUUGUGCCAAGCCGCCGCCAGGCGAUGCCUCCGCUGCUGCUGCUGCUGCCGCUUCGCUGAUGUGCUCAUCCACGCUUUCGCUGGAUUCGCUGCCACCGCCACCGCCGCCACCCGCCUUUGAGGGGCCCGAUGAUCAGGAUGUGUAUGGAUCCCAGCUAUCACUGGCCUCACUGCCACCACCGCCACCACCGGAGGAGGUGCUGGCCAUGACCUAUGCAGGUCCGCCUAGCCCGGUCACACCCACACCGAUGAGCACACCACUAAUGGCUAUGCCGAAUAGGAAUGGAUCCCUGCCACCGGCAGUGCCAGCCAAGCCUAUUAAGCCGGCUGUGAAGCAGCCAGCGGGAGCCCUGAAGGCAGCACCACCGUACAAGGCACCGCCCGAUUAUGUGGGCCCUGCCCAGCAGCAGGCAGGACCGCCGCUGCCGCCGCCACCUGCUCAAAAGAAGGUUUCGUUUGCCGAUUCGCCGGUCCUGCUGCGCCGUAAAAUGUGCUCGCCGGAACCAGUGCUGCCGCAGCGCUCACCGAGCACCGUGCUCAACUGCAAUUCGGUAUCCAGCACUGGAUCGGGUUCGGCUUAUCAGACCUAUGCACCCGGACCAAUGCUGCCACCGCGCACUGAUUUGGCACGGCUGUCCAGCCAGAGCAACGGGAGCAGCAGCAGCGAGGUGACCUCGCCGAAGCGUCUGCAGGAGAGUGCGUCGAAUCCGCCCCGUGACUUCCUCAAGGAUCUGCAGCGCGUAAUGCGCAAAAAGUGGCAGGUGGCACAGAAAUGCAAGCUGGAGCCGGCCACUACGCCGCAUGAGGUGCUUGGCUUCAGGGAUUUCAGUAACGAGGAUCUGCUGGCCGCCCACAACCUCAAUUCGGGGGCCAAUUCCUCGCACUACUACCGCGAGACGGCCAAUGUGAGCCACUGGGUGCGGGAGCACUACGAAUAUGCCCACAAUGCGCUCUACGAGAAUGUGCACGCCCAGACGAAUGGCGGCGGGAAUGGUGGCGGAGCUGUAGGUUCUUCCCCUGGCCUUCCCCUGACAGGUGGUUCUGUGCCAGAUGGAGGGGCCACUCCUCCACUGCCGCCACCGCCGGCGGGAUCGGCCAAAAAGCGUCCGCCACCGCCGCCACCCAAACGAAGUGAUAAAACUCACUUAACCAAUCGGGUCUAGUGACUGUAGAGUGAUCCAUUGUGCACAGGAUGCGAGGAAGGAUCAAACGAUCGAUCUCCCUGCUGGGAGCAGCAAUUUUCAAAGCAAACAAAUUCCUAUUAAAGCAGCAUGCCAGGUUAGAAAUAUAUACGUAUAUAUAUAUUUGCUAAAUGCUAUGGCCACGCCCACUUCUCUUACACAAGUAUUAUAUAUAAAUGAGAGAAUCAUCCGAAAAGCGAAAUGGAAAAGGAAUUCAUCAGUUCAUACAUACAAUAUUUAUAUGCAUUAGUAAAAAUAUUUAAGCUAAAUUUUAGAUUGUAAAAAGCGAGAGAAGAGUAUACAUUUUUUUUUAAAUUAACGAUAGGGCAUUAUUUUAAACAAAAGUAA